AUCAAAUACAUGGCACUUUAGGGUUCGUGUAUCCGUGUGGUUGGUAUAAAGCCAGCUGCAUAUGCAUUCCACUUCAUCGACCACUAAAGCAGUCAUAACUCCACAUCCUCGAUCCACCCCAAUUAAGAUUUCUCAUAUGCAAAAGUAUCUUUAAUAUCAAAAUUAAGUACUGAAGCCGACCUCUAUAUAUGCAUACUUAAGCUAGCUUAGCUAGUGUGUGUGCGUGUAAUUAAAGCAGCAGUGAGCAUCGGAGAAAAAUGCCUUCUUCGAUCAUUCCUCAUCAGCCUAUAGCUUUAUUUUUGAUCCUUUUGUAAAGACUCUUAAGUAAUUGGAAUAUUGAUUAAUUUAGCUGAGAUCCACCACAUAUUUGAGACUCUAGUGAAUUGACCCUGGCCUCUAUAUAAAGCCUCACAGAAGAUGCAAGGGAUAAAGUUAUAAACCAACUCUUGCAUGGCUAUAGACGCUCGAUCUGUUAUCUGUACAUGCAUAUAGCAAUUAAGGUAGUUGAAAAUUAGAACAAGGGGAACCAGUACUCUUUAUUAGCUUGCAUGCAUGCACAAAUAUAAUCUGGAGUUUGUUAACUUGGAGUGAGUAUUAGUUCUGCUGGUACUAGCUAGUUGGAUUAAUCAUGGCUGAUAUGCAAAUCGUUCUGGCUUUAAAAACUAGUGUGGAAGCGCAGUAUGUGGAAAUGAUGGUUCCUCUUUAUUCUCCUGGGUGCGAGAAGAAAGUCAAGAAGGCCCUAUCCCACCUCAAAGGAAUAUACUCGGUGAACGUAGACUGCAGCCAACAAAAGGUGACGGUUUGGGGAAUAUGCAACAAAUACGAUGUGCUAGCCACAGUAAGGACCAAGAGAAAACAUGCUUGCUUUUGGAAUCCUGAAGACAACGAUAUUGAAGAGGACGGAGAGGAAGAAGCAGAGGUACCACCGACCGUGACGAUGUCAGAGUCAGACGACUCAACACCACCGAUUGCAAAAAGAAAGUACUUAUUAAGACAGCCUUCUUUAAAGGCUCUCACAAGGGUUCGCUCUUUGAGCUUGAGAGCAUGGAAGAAGGUCUUCACCAGGUCCCAUUCAUUCUCAUGAGUUAAUCAAUUUACAUAUACAGUAAAGUACUUCAAUGUCAACUCAUUGUUGUAAUUUGUAAAACAAGAUCGAUGAGAAGUAAUGCUAGCUCCUGCCGCUUAUUCCUCUCUUA